AACCGUCGAAAAAGAAGAAGGAAAUAUUUAAAGGAGGAUAAUCCGAGGACGCCCUGUGCGUCAGUCAGAAAUUACACGCGAGCGUUUCCUUGAACUAGGCGCGAAGUCCGAUUUCUGUCGCCAGUGUGUAACAAAUAUAAAUCAGCGGAACUAACGCGAAAGAUUGUUUAACUUAAGUAAUACUUUUUCUAAGAAAAAUCGUAAUCGUCGGAGAAAUACCGAGAACCAUAGUCACAAUGCUAAUACAGAUUUUCGUGCAUAAUUCAUGAUUUCUAGAACAUAAUGGAAGUAGAAAAAGACAUAAUGAUAGAUACGGAGGACGUGUCGAAUGGCAGGAUCGGUGUAACCUUGAAGAAGGAGCCGAAACCAGGAGCCGAGAAGGGGCUUCUUCUCGAAGAGGAUUCGCCGAAGAACGGCGACGUCGAUGUUGGAAAGUGUUGCAACGAUUUAAACGGUAUGCCGGAAUUCAAGGACGAUCAGACCCAGUCGAACGACGAGGAGGUUUGUUUGGAUCUUGGAGAACCCUCCCCGGAAGUGAUGGAGUACGCCAGGAGAGAACUUGGAGAGACGGACGACGUUAAGUGUAGGACCCUUCAGGAAUUAAGGGAUAUGAUUUAUGAGAGAGGAGAAUGUCUGCCGCACAGGAUGGACGAUGACUUCUUGAUUAGAUUUCUAAGGACGAGGAAUUUUAACGUUAACAGGGCGCAUAGACUGAUCGUAAACUACUGCACCUUCAAAGAGGAGCAUCCGGAGAUCCAUCAAGAUGUGUGUCCACUGGAGAUGAAGCACAUCGGCGAAGACGACGUGAUGUCAGUGCCAGCUUACAGGACGCAGGACGGCAGGAGAAUAAUGAUCUAUCGACUAGGAAAUUGGGAUCCAAGGAAAUAUGGCGUGGAGGAGAUCUUUAAAGCCACGGUCAUCAUUCUUGAACUCGGAGUUUUGGAGCCGAGAGCGCAAAUCCUUGGCGGCGAUGUAAUUUUUGAUCUGGAGGGCAUCACUAUGGCGCAUGCGUGGACUAUCACUCCUCAGGUGGCCAGUAUGGUGGUAGCUUUGAUAGUGUCAGCGUUCCCAAUGACAACCCACGCUAUACACAUCCUGCAUCAAUCCUGGGUAUUCGACGUGAUGUUCUCGGUAUUUAAGCCACUUCUGGACGUGAAGAUGCAGAACAAGAUCUUCUUUCACGGUAGCAACAUGGAAAGCCUUCACGAACACAUCUCACCGUUCCAUUUGCCGAAGAAAUAUGGCGGAACCAGAGAGGAAUUGGCUUACUACAAGUGGAUAGACAACCUCAGCAAAGUCCCUCAAAUCGUCAAAGAGAUGAAGCAAGUCGGCUACAUAGUCCCUGAGGAGAUACAGAAGCAGUUAGACCAAUUGGUCGAGGAUUGAAUUAGGGACUCCUGCGUUGCCAGUUCGAUAUUAUCUUCCAUUCUUGAUUAACAGCAACUAUAUACGCAUUCGUUUUAUGGUCAUUUAUAGACAGGUCGAUCCAGUUAGGAUUUAGCUUGACUCUGUUUUUUAUUUCCUUUACUUUUUUUUAUAUCAUCGUUGCUUUAACGCGUUUCUUCCCUGUCAGAGGAUACAUUUUAUUUAGAGUAACUAUCACAUUAGACGCAACCGAAGUAUUGUAUAUUUUAUAAUCGAUAUUCCAUUAUUACGUUCGUUCCACGACUUCCAAUAAUUUUUACUAUUUAGUGGUCACCAGUACUUUCCACUAUAGUAUCGAUUAAACGUUUUAGAAAAAUCA